UUCUAGAAUAAUAUCUCCUAUCCACGUUUGUUUCCUUGACGUUCGAUAAGGGCACAGUAUUCGUCUACCAAUAUUUUAAUCUAAACGAACCUUUGUCUCGCGACCGUCCCAUCGCUUUUUCGAGAUAUUCUUUCUCCCAUCUUUAUAUUCCUCGGUUACCGAUUACCGAUGCUCGUUUGCGAAACCAUAACGCCUUAGGCUACAACUUUGGACGUUCUCGAUAUUUGUCGAGGCCCCCCCAGCUAGAGGGCGUUCAAUUCUAACCUCGCCACCAUGAGUGCAACGCCGUCGCCCUCUGCGGGCCCCAACGGCCAGAAACCAACUCCACCUCCUGGCGCGCCGCCGUUACGAAGACCGCGAAAUACUGCGAAUCCGCUCGUCCCCAGAAAGAGGCCCGUAAACCGACAACUCCCUUCAACCCUUGCCAGAGGUUCUACACCGAAUGCUCCACCGCGACCUGGCAAUAAGCCACAGCCAUUCCAAACGCAGGGUAAACCGGGGCAGGUCAAUUUUGACGCAUUGCGUGCACAGAAUGGCGGAUGGUCCCAGCCUGCUCCGCCUGGAGCUCAAGAUUAUCCUCUUUAUGUUACAAAAAAGUCUCUGAAGGAGGGAUUGCGAUUCCAUGUUAUGCGAUUCGCCCCACAUGGCGGAAGGCUCACAAGGCCUGAUGGUCCUGGCGUUGACCCUACUAAUCAAGAAGAGUUCACCCGACCUGUUACGCUGCACCGACGCGAUCCCAGACAACCGCCACCCGGCCGCGAAGUGAAAGAAGAAGCUCCUGUUGAGGAAAACCCUGUCGAUACUGCCGAAGCUGAGAGGCUUGCACAGCUGAAAGCUGAAAGAGAAGCACAGCGCGCUGCCGAUAACGCCCAGAAAGCGCCCGUCGUUAAAGACGCAAAUCCAAAGGCCAAGCAGCAGAAAGAGCAGAAGAAACCUGGCCUACAGAUCCACUACGCACCUCGUACCGAAGAGCAGAAGAAGCAGGCGGAAAUUCGAUACGAGGAGGCCCUACCGUGGCAUUUGGAAGAUGCCGAUGGCAAGAAUGUUUGGGUGGGCCAGUAUGAAGCACCUUUGUCCGACUGUAAAGUAGCUUUCAAGAUUCACAACGGCGGAUUUCGCAUGAUUCCUCUGGAAAAGUGGUACAAAUUUCAGUCGAAGCGCGGGUCAUUUAAAAUAAUGACUAUUGAGGAGGCAGAGAAAGCCAUGAACAAGAAGGUCGCUCUUGGUCGUUGGGCGGUAAGAGAUAAUCAGCGUCAGGAAGCAGAGAGAGCUAUGGCAGAGUCUCGAGCCAUUGUAAAUGGUCGCGUGGCUGUCAAGCAGGAAAGCGGUACCUUUAAGCAGGCUUCACGUCAAGAGAAGAUGGACCAUGACGAUAUCGACGUUUCGGGAGACGAGUUUCAGGAUGAUGAUGAAACUGCUGGAUACGAACCUGACCGAGACGAAGACACUAAGCAGGCCAACAACCGAAUUCGUCGUGACCAGCUAAAUGCCAAUCUUUUCGGCGAAGCAGAUGAGGUCAAAGUUGAGAAAGAGGAAACUGAGGAGAAGAAAGAAGAGCUCGAGCGCAAGCUUUUUGGGAAAUCUCUUAAGAAGGCUUUGAAGAAACGCGAUAAGCAAUUUCAGUACGAAAGCGACGACUCUUCCCAUGAACGGGACCCCUUUGCCUCCACAGACGAGGAUUCCGAUUCCGAUUCCGAGAACGAAAAGGAUGACGAAGAGAAGAAAGCCGACAAAGAUAAAGAGGCUGGAGGAUCGUCCAAAGGAACCAAUACCCCCCAGGGCAAGAAGGCAGCUGCCGAGGCAGCAAAGAAGGGCAAGUCUCUCAAGCGAGCCGGAUCUCCAUUAGGUUCGGAUUCUAGUGGUACUGAAUCUAUCCGGAAGAAAAAGAAGACUGUGCAUGAUAGUCGGGGCAAUACCCCUCUACCUCGCCGUGGAAAGCCCGGCGCCGGCUCUACCAGUGAUGGCGAAGGCACGGCUGGUGAGAUGUCAGACAGUGCGGGAGGCAAGAAGAAGCGGCUUAGCCCGUCAGUUAAAGGUGGAAAGCACAGCACAAAAGGCACUCCCGCGGGUUCUAGAGGCGGUAGUCCCUCCCCUGCCCUCGGAGCUGCCAACAAGGGAGCCUCGGAUGGUCUUCGAGCUGGUUCUCCUAAUACUGCUUCUCAAAGUUCAGCGCCAGGGGGAAUCCUAUACCCUAUUACUGCUCAAGAGAUUAUCGACGCCCUGCCACCGCCCCCUCAGGGUAUUACCAUUGGUAUACUCCUUAAGAAAUUCCAGGACCGUGUUGACAAGCCUGGAUGCAUGCAGAGAAAGGACUGGCUCAAGCUGGUGAAGGAGAAUGCCAACUUCAAUACAGCGGAGAAGCUACUUCGCCGGAAGACUUAGAUUGUACCCUAGAAAUGGGUACUCUAAAACCAUAUGGAAUGGUUUGUCUGCGAGGAGUGUUCUGCUGUGAACUGGAUCGAAUUUUGUGAUCCUUGCAAGCCCUCGUAUCAUUAUAUUGAGGCUAUA